CGCGCGGGGACCGGGCAGGCGCGGCGGUGGCUCCUCCCCGGCAGCGGCCGGAAGCUGCCGUGAGGCCUCAUUCAUCGCUGUCAGGACGGGGCAGCGGCGGAGGUUUCUUACAUUUGGCUUUUUAGUGACAGAGGAUGGAUUCUCAAAAGGAUGUUCAGCCACCAAAGCAGCAGCCAAUGAUUUAUAUCUGUGGAGAAUGUCACACAGAAAAUGAAAUAAAAGCAAGAGAUCCUAUCAGGUGUCGAGAAUGUGGAUACAGAAUAAUGUACAAGAAAAGGACAAAAAGAUUGGUGGUUUUUGAUGCCCGAUGAUGUGAACCCAAGAUGUAGCUGCUUUAUCUUAAUGCUGAAUUAUCUCUGAUAACUUUUGCUGUAUAAGAGUGUGCAGCUACAUGUACUUUUCCAUCCUGUUACCUGCUGUUAUAAGUUAUUUGUCUGCAAUAAAGUUUUAACAUCAGA